CAUCAAUAUGAAAGGACAUUCACUAACAGAACCAAAACACACACACACACAACAAAAGAAAUAAUCAUGACGAAGUCGUUAGUUAUUGUGCUCUACACUGCCCUUGUGUGGUGGUGCAACAUUCCGUCCACUUUCGGCACGAGUACAAAUGAAACUGACAGACUUGCUUUAUUAGCCUUCAAGGCUGCCAUAGAUGAUCAAGCCUCUUCCUUUGGUGCCCUCAGUUCUUGGAAUGAUUCAGUCCACUACUGUGACUGGAAUGGCAUUCUGUGCAGCCGCCGGCAUCGUAAUAGAGUCGUGCAGUUGAACUUAACAUCCAAAGGCCUUGUCGGAUCACUCUCUCCUCAUAUAGGAAACCUCUCCUUCCUGAGGAGAAUCAUUCUUUCAAACAACAACUUCCACGGCCCCAUCCCCCAGGAGAUCGGUCGUUUGUUUCGGCUUCAAGUAAUACAACUCACCAACAAUUCGUUUAUUGGUGAACUGCCCAAAAACCUGUCACGCUGCUCAAAUCUUGAGCAGUUGAACUUGGUAAACAACCAACUGAACGGAAACAUCCCAUAUGAGCUAGGUUCUUUGUCAAAGCUUGAAGAUUUAGGCCUUGGUAAAAAUAUGUUUUCUGGAACCAUCACUCCUUCUGUUGUCAACCUCACGUCGCUUCACAGAAUUAUGUUGGCGGAAUGUAAUUUGCGGGGGGAGAUUCCAGAGGGAAUCUCUAAGCUUCGGAGAUUGACAUUUCUUCAAUUCUCCAAUAACAAGCUGUCCGGCAAGAUUCCUUUUGGACUCUACAACAUCUCCACUCUCAAUAUAUUGGCAUUAGUCAUGAACCAACUUGAUGGAAGUAUUGCUCCUGAUAUAUGCUCAAAACUUCCUAACCUUGCGUUUUUUUAUGUCUUUGAUAAUCAGUUCACAGGAAUGAUACCUAACUCGUUGUCUAAUGCUUCCGGGCUUGGACGUACUGGUAAACGUCGGUUUAAAUUACUUCAUUGGGCCAAUGCGAGAAGAUCUUGGAGAACUUUCGGAUCUUCAGAGGAUGAACUUUCAGUAUAAUCAGUUGGAGGAUGACCUUUCUUUUAUGUCAUCUUUAACAAAUUGCACUAGAUUACAAUGUCUUCUUGUUAACGGGAAUCUUCUCAAAGGUUCAUUGCCCGACUUCAUAGCAAAUCUCUCAAUUGGGCUUGACCGGAUGGUUCUAGGGGGGAAUCAACUACAUGGAAGUAUUCCUUCGGGUAUUGGGAACCUCCUCAAUCUCACUGUCUUAAGUAUGAGAAGUAAUUAUUUCUCAGGCUCUAUUCCCGGUACCAUUGGCAGACUUCGUAAGUUGCAGUAUCUUGAAUUAGAUAUGAACAAAUUCACCGAACUGCCUUCUUCAAUAUUCGGAAAUAUAACUGCACUAAACCGUCUACUCUUGGGAAAAAAUAAUAUCCACGGAAGCAUACCUUCGAGUCUGGGCAACUGUCAAAACUUGUUAAAAUUAGAUCUUUCUCAUAAUAAUCUAUAUGGUUCAUUACCUCUUGAAAUUCUAAAUCUUUCAUCCAUUUCAAUUUCCUUCAAUUUGGGCUAUAAUUCGUUGACUGGUUCUCUUCCAUCGGAAGUUGGGUCUUUGAAAGUACUCAAUCUUCAGCUGAGGGGAGCUUUAAAGAGCUUCAUGUUAGAAUGCAAAGCACUUCAAACCAUAAGGCAUCGAAAUCUUUUGAAGGUAUUAAGUGCAUGUUCUAGCAUAGACUUCCAUGGUAACGAAUUCAAAGCUAUAGUAUAUGAAUUCAUGGCCAAUGGAACAUUAGAUGGAUGGCUGCAUCAAAAUAGAGUUGGGGAGCAUGAGUACCUAAAAAUGAUUCAGAGGCUAGACAUUUCUAUUGAUGUUGCUUCUGCACUUGAGUACCUUCAUUGUGGUUGUGAGUCAAAAAUCAUUCAUGGUGACUUGAAGCCAAGUAAUGUCCUUUUGGAUGAUAC